AUGUCUUCGGACACCGUGAAUUUAUACGGAAACUAUGUGCCAUCCAAGAUAGCAGCUAUCGUUCUUGCAGCCAUCUUCUUAGUCCUGACUGUGCUGCAUCUGUGGAGGAUUGUGAGAACAAAACACUGGUUCGGACUCGCUACUGUGGUUGGCGGACUUUUCGAAGUCGUUGGCCUUGUAGCUCGAGCUUACUCCCAACACGAUGUCUCUUCCAAGGGCCCAUAUAUCAUCCAAGUCCUCUUGAUUCUACUGGCCCCAAUCAUCUUCUCCGCCGCCAUCUACAUGUUCCUUGGCCGUCUAAUCCGGGCUACGGGCCAUGAGGAGCUCUCCUUCAUCCGCAUCAACAUCCUGACCAAGCUCUUCGUCCUAGGCGAUAUCAUCUGCUUCUUCAUUCAAGCCACUGGCGCUGGCAAGCUUGUCAAUGCAGAUACCUCCUCCGCGAAGAAUUCCGCCCAGACCACAAUCCUCGUCGGUCUGGGUCUGCAGGUAGUCUUUUUCCUCAUCUUCGCUCUCUGCGCGAUCGUCUUCCACGCCCGUGUCUCCAGGCCGGAAAACAAGAUGAAUGUCAAUCCUGCCCUUCGCCUAAACUGGGUGCUAUUCUCACUCUAUUUUGCCAGCGCCAUGAUCGUCAUCCGGAAUAUCUACCGUCUGAUCGAGUACAAAAUGGGGGAGUCGGGCUACUUGCAGAUGCAUGAAUGGCCGGCAUACGCGUUCGAUGUAGCUCUUAUGGCUUGUAUGAUGCUGGCCAGCCUGUUUUGGUAUUCUACUAACACAAAAGGGGCGCGGGUUUCGGGGUCCUAUCCUUUGGUUGAGCAGGACGUAUGA